AUGGAAAGGCAAUUAGCUCAGUGUCGCCGUCAGAUUUCUACUCUCUUGGCGGAUGAUAAAAUUUUUUUUGGCUUGGAUGAUGUUUCACAGUAUGAAAAAUGCAUGAAAUGUUUGGAUGGAUGUAUGAUGAAUUUGGAGCAAAUUUCUGGAAUCUGGAAACAGGUUCUAACUAAAACAGUUUAUGCAAAUUGUGCUGGCAAUGUUAUUUCUUUCCUCUUUAAUACGUUGAUCAAAAUGUUGUUAUCUACGGAAGAUAUUCGAGCAACUGAUGCUGAACUAAGUGCUAUAGUGCUCAGGAAGAUUUUGAAGAGAUCGGAGAUGUUAUUCGUUAUUGAACAGUCAAAACAUUCUUCCAUUCAUAGAUAUGCUGAAGCUUCCUAUUUCCGCAUCAAGGAAUUAUUGUUCUGUCUGGAUUCAUCUUUACAGAGUAUUUAUGAUCGGUGGUGUGAUGGAAAAGGACCUCUGGCACAGUGGUUACACGCAGAUGAAGUGCGUUACUUGGUGAAAGCUUUGUUCCAGAAUACUGAAAAAAGGGCUCAAGUAUAUCGUUUAACGCAUUUGACAAUAGCUGAAUCUUUGGUCUUUUUACAUUAUUCUAAGUUCAUUGAAUGUGGUCAUGACUAUUAUGCAGGUAAUACACAUCGUACCAGGAAUUGCAGUCAAUUAUUGAUAAUGGUGCUAGGUCGAAACAAGCGCAUCUUGCUAAAUAUCAAAUCACUUGUUGUGAAUUGGAAGAAUUUUGCUACUACACAAACUGAUCCUAUUCCUUCUUUUCAAAUAAAACCAUUGGAGAAAAUCCGGAAUAUAGGUAUAUCUGCUCAUAUUGACUCUGGGAAGACUACUGUUACAGAAAGAAUUUUGUAUUAUGCCGGUCGGAUUAAAGAGAUCCACGAAGUGAGAGGAAAAGAUGAGAUUGGAGCAACAAUGGAUUUUAUGGAUUUGGAAAGGGAACGAGGAAUUACCAUUCAGUCAGCUGCAACUUAUGUUGACUGGGAUGGUGUAAAUAUUAAUAUUAUUGACACUCCAGGACAUGUUGAUUUCACGGUGGAAGUUGAACGAGCUUUACGUGUGCUGGAUGGCGCUGUCCUAGUACUUUGUGGGGUUGGAGGAGUACAGAGUCAGACAUUCACUGUCAAUCGACAAUUAGAACGCUACAAUGUGCCGUUUAUUACAUUUGUGAACAAAUUGGAUCGAACCGGUGCAAAUCCAUUCAAAGCAUUAAGCGAUAUGCGAACAAAGUUGAAGCAUAAUGCAGCCUUAUUGCAAAUCCCAAUCGGAAAAGAACAUAAUUUUAAGGGUAUCGUAGAUCUCAUCGAAGAGCAAGCAGUAUAUAAUGAAGAUUCUUAUGGAAGUAUAUUAAGAAAGGAUGAAAUACCGGCUGAAUUACGGGCACAAACAAAAGAUAUGCGUCAAGAAUUAAUAGAAUAUCUUGCUAAUGGCGAUGACGUUAUUGCGGAACAGUGGCUUGAUGACGUUUCACCAACUCCGUCGCAGAUUCAUCAGGCUGUUCGUCGAGCUACAAUCAAGAGAACGUUUGUACCUAUGUUUGUUGGUACUGCAUUAAAGAAUAAAGGCAUUCAAUCAAUGAUUGAUGCUAUUGUUCAGUAUUUGCCCAAUCCAUCGGAAGUGGUGAAUCGAGCUUCAAUCUUAAACAAAAUGCAAGCACUUACGAAAUCUCAAAUGUUGAAGACCGGGAAAGAGGAACAAAUUGUGUUGAGUCCAGAGCGCAAUAAUAGUCAUCCCUUUGUUGGUCUUGCAUUUAAACUAGAGGCUGGAAAAUUCGGUCAACUAACUUAUUUCCGUGUAUAUCAAGGGCAGUUGAAUCGCGGCGAUACCAUUUACGCUUCAAAAGAUGGUAGAAAAGUACGCGUACAAAAAUUAGUACGAAUACAUGCUAAUUCAUUGCAGGAAAUCGAUACAGCAUUUGCUGGUGAUAUCUGUGCUACGUAUGGGCUAGAAUGUUUUUCGGGUGAAACAUUCUGCGGCGAGAAUGAUUAUGAAGUCUUCUGCGAAUCAAUGCACGUUCCGGAACCAGUAAUUUCGAUGUCUAUUCGAUGUGUAAACAAUAAAGAUGGCGAAAAAUUUAUGAAAGCCUUAAAUCGUUUCACUAAGGAAGAUCCAACAUUCCGUAAGGAAUAUAAUACAGAAGCUCGGGAAACCGUAGUCUCUGGAAUGGGCGAAUUGCAUUUGGAAAUCUAUGCUCAACGCAUGAAAAACGAGUUUGAUUGUCCUGUUGUAUUAAGCGCACCAACCGUUGCUUAUCGUGAAACCCUUGCGAAGCCCUACAAAUUUUAUUAUCGGCAUAAAAAACAAACUGGAGGUCAGGGACAGUUUGGAGAAAUUGAAGGAGUAAUUGAACCGCUGCCACCGAAUCGGAACACAGAAGUUGAAUUUGUUGAUGAAACAGUUGGAAACAACAUACCUAAAAAUCUUAUUGUCCCGCUAAAGAAAGGUUUCAAUAUGAUGUUAGAUGAAGGUCCAUUGAUUCAUACCAAAAUUACUGGAAUAAAAGUGCGACUUCAAGAUGGUAAAACACAUGAAGUUGAUUCAACUGAUAUUGCUAUGAUAAACACCAUGCAGAAUAUGAUGAGAGAAGUAUUUUUGAAAGCUGAGUGGAAAUUGUUGGAGCCUAUAAUGAAAGUGGAUAUAACUAUUCCAGAGGAGUUUCAGAAUUCAGUAUCGAGUACGCUGACAUUGGGUUCUAUCCUGUUGAAUUCAUCGGUUUCUGGUGGUUAUUUAACGCUUACAUGUGAAGUAAGACUUUUUGUUGUACAUAGUGAAAAGCAUUUCUUAUAUAUUGAUGAAAACAAUGUAGCAUAG